AUGCCUCGCCUUGCAUCCAAGGCCAAAUCUAACAAACCAAAACAAAGACCACCUGUCAAGGAGACCACGCCUACGGAGUCUGAACAGAAAAUGGAAUAUAUCAUCCCUGGCCGCCUUAGUCGACCCCACUGGAACGAUAUGUUGAUCCAGGAGGAGACAGAUGAAAUAGUGGGGGGAAUUAUGGAUGAACUGCUUGGCAAAGUCACGGACCGCUGUCAUAAGUUAGACAUUGAAAGACAGCUUAUACCCUACACUGUAUUUUGGGCUGGGGAGUACCUCACACAGACUGUGGAGCAACAGUUCUUGUAUCUGGAUGAAAGGGAAGGGCCAGAGGAGGAAAUCUGUAGAACAGAAGACUCUGAGCCAACGCCUGCAGCUCCAGACUCUUGGGCUGAGGGAUGUGUGCCUGUUGUAAAAGCUUCAAACCAACCUCACUGCACAUCACAACAGGUGGUCCUUUCUGCAGAAAUGCUUUUCAACUCCGUUAGAAGAAUGCAUGACGAGAUAAAGAGUGACAAAACAGAAGAUCCUGCUUUUAAAGGAAGACCUACAUCAGCGUAUGAGAAGUGCCAGCCUAUACCAAAGCUGGAUCCGUCUCGCUUGCCUCAACGUUACAUGGUCCCAGAGUAUGAGAUUCUGGACGACCCCAAAAAACCUGGUGGACUACUCAGACUUGAGCCAACAUUAAACAAGCGUCAAACUGAGAGGAAGAUAAACUCACCAAUCAGCCCCAAGGAUCAGCCACAAACAUUUUCAGAAAGAAGUGAGGAUGGUGUCUGUAUGUCCAGUAACAAAAAGGAACAGUGUGGGCUGUGUGAACCUCGCAGGUUGGACCUGAAUAUUCUGGCCGAGGGUGUUUCUCUCCUGGACUUACAGGAUGUUGAGCGCAGCCCUGUAAAAUCGAGCAGUCCUUCAGAGUCUACCGAGAUGAAGCCGAUUCGAAGUGAUGCUGCUGUGCCGAUGUUUUCAGUUGACCAGGUAACAGCAGGUCCAGCACCUCGACUCAUUCCACCGAGUCAGUCCAUGAACUGUGACAGAGAUGAUUUCAGGUGAAGGU